AUGCACGACAAGUACAACUACGAGCGCCUCCAGAUGGCGCUCCACGACACCCACGUGAGGCGCCUGCUGGCCUUCGGCGUCAGCGGCCUCAGUGUGACGGCCGACAGCCUGAGCGCCAUCAAGUACGCCAAGGUCACGCCGGUCAGGGACGAGAGGGGCAUCGUCAUUGACUUCAAGACCGAGGGCAGCUUCCCCAAGUACGGCAACGACGACGACCGCGUGGACUCCAUCGCCACGUGGCUGGCGCAGCAGUUUAGCAACAAGCUGGCGCAGCAGACCACCUACCGCAACAGCGUGCCCACGCUCAGCGUGCUCACCAUCACAUCAAACGUGGUCUACGGCAAGAAGACGGGCUCCACCCCUGACGGCCGCAAGCGGGGCGAGCCCUUUGCGCCUGGCGCCAACCCCCUCCACGGCCGCGACGAGCACGGCGCCCUGGCAUCCCUCAACAGCGUCGCCAAGAUCCCCUACGUAUACUGCCUCGACGGCAUCAGCAACACCUUCAGCCUCGUGCCACAGAUCCUGGGCCGUGGUGGUGAGGCGGACCGUGCGCGCAACCUGGCGGCCGUGCUUGACGGCUACUUCCAGAAGGGCGGCCACCACAUCAACGUCAACGUCCUGUCGCGUGAGAUGCUGGAGGACGCCAUGGAGCACCCCGAGAAGUACCCCAACCUGACAAUCCGUGUGUCAGGCUACGCGGUGCACUUUGCCAAGCUGACGCGCGAGCAGCAGAAGGAGGUGAUCAUGAGGACGUUCCACGACAAACUGCAGGACCCCAGCACGGCCUAG